AGCCCUCCCCUUUAUUCGCCUCUUCGCCCUGGCGGUGAUCAUUGGAUUUUGAGUGCCCUGGAGAACUCCACGAAGAGGGAAUGAAAUAGGACUUCAUACCAGGAUCAUGGCGGCGCCGCUCGGGCGGGAGACCUUACCUGAGCACUGGUCCUACGGUGUCUGCGGAGAUGGCAGGGUGUUUUUCGUUCACGAUGAAACGAACACGACUGCUUGGCUCCAUCCGAAAACGGGCGAACCUGUCAAUUCCGGACACAUGAUACGGUCAGAUUUACCUCGAGGAUGGGAAGAGGGUUUCACGGACGAAGGGGCCAUCUACUUCAUAAACCAUAACCAGAGGACCACGACGUUCCGGCACCCCGUGACGGGACAGGUGUCUCAGGAGAACGUUGGUUUUAUCCUCCAAGAAAUGCCCGGCGGCCGCAUGUCAAACCCCCAGCAAGCCGACUUGAGGCCCUCCAGCACCAUCAGCGAGGCUUCCACCGCCGUCACCACCUCCACCGUGGACACCACCUCGGGGUCAAAGGGAUCCAGGUCCAGUGGGAGGGUGCACAGUUUUGGGAAGCGAGAGCAGUCCAUCAAGAGGAACCCCAAUGUCCCCGUGGUGGUGAGAGGAUGGCUCUACAAACAGGACGGCUCUGGAAUGAGGCUUUGGAAGAGGAAGUGGUUUGUGCUGGCUGACUACUGUCUGUUCUACUAUAAAGACAGCAGGGAGGAGUCAGUCCUGGGUAGUAUUCCUCUGCCCAGCUAUGUCGUCUCAGCCGUGGAGCCUGAGGACCACAUCAGCCGCAAGUACGCCUUCAAGGCCAACCACACGGGCAUGCGCUCGUACAUUUACAACCGGAGCACUGUGAUUGACUCGCAGGCGGAGCACGGCGGCAUGCGGACGUACUUCUUCAGCGCCGACACGCAGGAGGACGUGAACGGCUGGGUGAAGGCCAUGAACCAGGCGGCGCUGAUGCAGAACCAAACCGACAGCCUCAAGAGACCAUCGGAAACUUCGGAGAAAUCGGAAAUGCCCAACACGUCGGAACGCAAGGGGUUCCCCCAAACCAACCACGUCAACAACUACACAAAGACCUCACGCGAACCCCGAGCCGACCCCCAUCUCCAUAGCGAUGGAGUGGUCCUCGAACCUGCCGAUAUCCGAGAAACCGAGGAGCGCCGUAGCUUCCGGAACGACACACUCAAUCCCAUCACUUCCAAGAUUCCUUCCCUCGGCGGCGGAAGCGUGAAAAUUGAAAUGGACGCCGUCCCUCCAAACAGUCUCCCUCCCCUUCCCUCCCUAACUCCUGACUCCGCCUCCGCACCCACAUCUGCGCCCCCGUCCAGGGCGCCAUCGCGCGCCCCGUCGCGCGGCGCCUUCACCCUGCCCCCCGGGGCCUGUCUGAGGAACGGGACACCCACUCCGGAACCCAACGGGAUGGGGACGGGGACGUACCAGAGGGCCACGCUGACCCCCCAGGUGGUUGACACUCAAAGGCAGGUGCAGAGGAGGAGCGCCCUGGAGCAGGUGGAGCACUGGGUCAAGGUGCAGAAGGCCGAGCACAAAGGCCCCCCCUCAAGAGGGGGCACCCUCCCCCGUCACAGCCCCCCGACCGCCGCGCGCCAAGGGGAGUACAAAUACGCACAGGACCGCCUCAGCCACUUCCGACUCGGACCCUCAGACCCCCAGGGUACCGGCGCCAGGGACGGGGGUGGCAUCGGUGGGCCUGGCACCGUGUGGCAGCUCUACGAGUGGCAGCAGCGCCACCAGUUCCGCCACGGCAGUCCCACUGCCCCCCUCUACACACCUGCCCCGGACUACCCCUUCGGGCCCAGGCCCCCCUCCACGGUGCCCCCCUCGGCCCCGCGACCCAGUUCUGAGGUUCCCCGCUGUGUGUCGGUGCCCCCAGACCCCUCCGAUAUCCUCCCACCGGGCCCCCAGAGCUCCAGGGCCCUGUCCCCGCCACGGAGGCCCCACACACCCGCUAACCGGGUGGUGGUAAUGCCCCAGGGGGAAGAUGCACUGGACAUGCCGGUGGCUGGGUCCCCACGAAGAGCCAAGUCUCAACUACUCAAGGCUGCCACCAUCGAGAGACGGUCCAUGCCUCCCUCCAACUACAUCACACACACGGUCAGCGCGCCCAGCCUUCACGGGAAAACGCCUGAGGAGCUCACCCUCCUGCUCAUUCAGCUCCGGAGGCAUCAGGCAAAGAUGGCCGCCGCUCGCCACCACACGCUAACCCAGCUGCAGCACUUCAACUACAGCCCUUCUGGCCCCCACUUCCUCACCACCAAAAACAACCCUCUCUUCUCCUCCGGCCCUUCUUAUCUGGGGCCCUUCCUAGGCCCCAUGGGCCACGGCAGCAGCAGCCAGGUGGGGGCCCCCAGUGCGCCUGGUCUUCUUUACCCCACCAAUGUUGAUGAUACGUACAUGCAACUGAAGAAAGACCUGGAGUAUCUAGACUUGAAGGUGGUUGGAAGUCAGACGUUGAAGGAAGCAACGAGACCCGUCAGAGUAGCCGAGAGUGACGUGGAUGUGAAACUCAGCCGGUUAUGUGAGCAGGACAAGACCCUGAAGGAACUGGAGGUCCGGAUCUGCUCACUAAAGGAGGAUAAGGACAAGCUGGAGUCGGUGCUGGACGUCUCCCACCAACAGAUGGAGCUGUACAGAGACCAGGCAGCCCACCUGGAGAAGAUAGCCUACCAGCAGAGACUCCUACAGGAGGACGUGGUGCACAUCAGGGCCGAGAUCUCCAGCGCGUCCACGGAGAUGGCCCGGGCCUGGGAGGACUACAGCAGGCUGGAGAGCUCUGUGGAGCAGUUGAGGGCCGUGCUAGAGGCACACAUGAACCACAGCGCCACCCAUCAGCAGGAGAAAACAGAGAUAAAGCGGGAGCUGUGGAGGAUAGAGGACGUGAUGGCAGGACUGAGCUCCAGCAAAGCCAACUACAAGAUCACAAUCGACUCAGUGCAGAACCCAGAGAGGAAACUAGUGGCUUCAGUGCCGGACCCUGCAGUGCCUUCGCAAAGCGCGACGCCCCCCGUAGGGGAGGUUAGGCCCCCUCCUCGCAGCUCCUACACACUGCCUCACAACCCCGUGCCAAAAUGGGCAGAAGAUGAGGCUCCUCCCAGACCACCCCUGCCCUGCCUCUACGAUUAUGAAGACCCGCCCCCCGCCAUCCCACCCCUACCCAAAGAGGCGUCGGUGGUAGUACGACACACGUCGGUUCGCGGUCUCAAGCGCCAGUCGGACGAGAGGAAGAGGGACCGAGAGAGCGGAGGGUGUGUCAACGGAGACUUUAAAGUGGAGCUGCGGUCAUACCUGAGUGAACCAGAACUGCCAGGGACGGGCCAGAGCAGCACAGGGUCUGAGGGAGGCUACCAGACCCUCCCAAACAAAGGUCUGUCGGGCUCAUCGCCGAGGCUGAACCAGUCCAGUAACAUCUCCUCCUACGUGACCCUGAGGAGGGGGGCGGCUGCCUCUGCAGAGAGUGAGAGACCCAAGAGUGCUUUGGAGCAGCUGUACUCCUCUGGCCAGCAGCCCCAGCCUCUGGCCCAGGCCCCCCGGGGCCGCAUGAGCGCAGAGGAGCAGCUGGAGCGCAUGAAGAGGCACCAGAGGGCCCUGGUGCGCGAGCGCAAGAGGAACCUCAGCCAGGGAGAACGCCACUCCAACACUGCUCAUCGUACCUCCUCCUCCACCAGGGCUCUCUCCUCCACUGACCUGGGCUCAUGGAGGCGAGAGCAGCAGGACUUUGAUUUGCAGCUGGUGCAGAAAGCUCAGGUGGAAGAGCGACAGGUUGCCGAGGGCCAGAGCGACGAGGGGCGGAGCGAGCUGAAGGAAAGGGAGAGGAUCCAAUCAGACGAGUGGCUCUUGGUGAUGGCCAUGCCCACGAUUGCCACACCCAUGAGGGAGACGGACAUGGAGCCCUUCGACUAUGACCUGGAUCUCAGUCGUGAGCUUUCCAAGCCCCAAAAGGUGUCUAUCCCAGAGCGCUAUGUGGAGUCGGACCCCGAGGAGCCUCUGAGUCAGGAGGAGAUGGAGGAUCGUCAACGCAGAGCAGAACGCAUCAAAAACAUCCUGGCCAAAUCCAAUUUUCAGAACAUACACCCGUCGUCUGGCGCGUUUGUCCCACUGAACUUCACUGAUUUGGACAUCGCCAUGCAGCAGCAGGAGAGGAUCAUGACUGUGUCCCACGCCUUGGCCUCGGAAGCCUCCGUUAAGAGCAAGCAGUUCACAGCCAAAGCUCAGCUGAGCUCUGACUGACCGUUGACUCAGACGCCAAGGCACCAACAGGACCUCCGUGUGGAUGAAAAUUGUUUGGAGUUCACUGACAAAAGUGAAGUGAUUUUGUAUUAGGCUUUUUAUUAGAGCUAAAACUAGAUGUUUUGAAGAACCAAAAAUAGUUAUUUGAAACUACACUGCGUGUACCUGAUGUUAAGGUUGAAUUGGAGUUGUUUUUACAUGCUUUUGCACUUUUAUGGCGUGUUGUGUGAAAUUAUUAACACCUACUAGUUUUUGCAAUAGAGAGUAAUUAGCUGUUUUUUUUGCAGUGUGGUCUAUUUUCAACAGAAAUGUAAGUUCAAAGCAAUGUUUUCUAAGGUCGCAGAUAGGGAAAU